AUGUCGCGAUACAUGGGCGGCGUGUACGACAUGGACGCGCUCCUCGGGUCCGGCGGGCCCGACCUCGAGAACUUCAGCCUCCAGUUCGACGUGCCGGGCGGCGACGCCGACGACGUCGAGCGGCUCAGCGACGACCUCGAGUACGACGAGCAAGAGAUCGAGCGCAACACGAUCCACAUCCCGGAAGACGACCUCAACGACCUCGACGACAGCGACAACGACGACGUCAAUCGGUCGCCGAUGUCGGAGCGCUUCUCGGGCAUGAGCGACGACAUCUUCAACGACAGCGACAGCGACAUCUUUGGCAACGACGACCGCGACGACCAUGACGACGACGACGGAGCAAGCCAUGGCGACGACCUCUACGACGAGGCGCGCGACUCGUUCGACUCGGUCACGCUUGACUCGGUCAUGAGCGACCUCAACUUUGAGUUUGGCUCGCUCACCGACACGCCGGCGAUCGAGGUCGAAAACUACUUUGAGAACCCGGACGACGAGUACGAACUGCCAGUGUCGAGUGGCGACCCGCUCUCGAUGCGCCGCGUCUCGAUCGACCACAGCGCCGCGACGCUGUCGCAAGCCACUGGCGCCAUGUACAAACUCAUUUGGGAAGAGGGCCUCCUUGGUCUUCGGCUCAAGAUGACAUCGCUCUUCCUCCCCGCCGUGACCAAGCUCACGGGCAAGAGCUCAAUGCUCGGCAUCCACCUCGUCGAGAUUGGCGACUACCUCGUGCGCAUUGGCGACCAAGAGACGCACCGCAUGAACUUUCGGGAUGUCAUCGACCUCCUCAAGGUCGCGCAAAAGCCCGCUGCGCUUACGUUUCGGCGCGCGUCCGACUCGGCCGCGCCGCCCAUGGAGAAGGACCUUACGUCGAAAGGCACGGGCGCGUAUGCGUGGAAGAGUUCGAUUGCGCAGCGUAUUGCGGCGCGCCUCGAAGAGCUCCAGGCGGAAGAGAAGGCCAAGGAAAGCCAAGCGCCGUCGAUUGAUAUGGACAACAAGUACCCGGUGUUUUGGGAAGAAGGCCCGCUUGGCGUGAGUCUCGUCGCCAACAAGGACGUGCCGUACCCGCAGGUGACGCGCAUCACGGGCAAGAACCGGUCGGCGCAGGUCAAGGACAUUGUGCCCGGUCACUACCUCAUCUCGAUUGGCAACUACGACACGUCGUCUGGCACGUUCAACGCGGCCAUCAAGCAGCUCCACGAAGUUAUCAAGCCCGCGACCUUGUAUUUCGCACCUGACUUGCGCCAAGUCUCGCUGCGGCCCGAGAUUGGACAAGACGAGUACGAGCAAGGCUGGGAGAAGAAGCAGCCGCUGGGCUUCACGCUCAAGUGCGCUCCGUACGGCACGAUCGUUGCCGACGUCGGCGUUGCCAAAACGGCCAAGACCAAGCAAGGCAAGACGCCGUCGUCCCCGACCAGCGCGAGCAUGCGCGUCGGCGACCAGCUUGUGUGGGUGAACGACGACUGCGUCGAUGGCAUCGAGUUCCACGAAGUGCUCAAGACACUGCGCCAGGCCAAGCGGCCGCUCCAGCUGCGCUUUCGGCGAGAAAAGGCAGCGAUCGAGCUCAAGCUCCAAGCGUCCAAGAAGCAGCUGUCGCCACCGCCAACGACGGUGCCGCCGCCGCCGCCGUCCACGAGCAACGGGAACAAGAAGGACAAGCAUGACGGGAUUCCGUUCACGACCAAACUCUCGUCCGCGCUCAAGGACGCCGUCAAGAUGGGCAAGCCCAAGCCGGACGACGGCGGGAAGCGCCAUUCGAUCACGCCCGAGAAAAACACGUCGCGGGGCUUCUUUGGCAAGCAACAACAACAGCAGCAGCAACAACAAGCCUCGAACCCGACUGGCACGUCCGAGCGCUCGAAGCGCUCGAGUUUGCACUCGCCCCGGCAAAAGCAAUCCGCUUCGGCGACGACACCCGACAAACACCACCGGACGGUGCACCAAUUGCUCGACUCGCCGGCGCCGAUUUCGUCACCGCCCCCGCUGGCAUCGCCACCACUGUCGUCGCCACCGCCGCCGUCGUCGUCGGUGCUGAAUGGCCCGAUUUCCUCGUCGACGGCCAUGUCGCUGGACAAGGCCCACGCUGCGAUUGUGGCUGCUGCUGCCGCCACCGCCGCCGCCGCGCUCGAGCUCAAAAAGAUGAACCUCGCUGCAAUUCGCAAGUCGGAAAUGGCCGACAUGGACGACAACAAACCACCGGCAUCCUCGUCCUCGGGCACGAUCUUGCACCCGCUGUCGGUGCAGCCGCAGUCGACGCACCGGUCGUCGCCGCCGAAAGAAGAGCCCACGACGGACGUCCCCGUGGCCAAGGUGGCGCGGUCGUCGUCGCACCCGCCCGAGUCCUCCAGUAAAGGCGGCAUCUCGUUCGAGUACGAGAUUACGUGGAGCGCGGGCCAAGAGCUCGGUGUGACGCUCAAGCCGCACCCCGAGUCGCGCCGUGCCGUCGUCUCGCGCGUCACUGGCAACAACGACAACACCAAGCGCAUGGCGCUCGGCGACAUCCUUCUCGGCGCCAAUGGAAUUCCGUUUACGCCGCAGCAGAAGCUCAAUGACACGCUAUCGAUGCUCGCAACGAUGCCCAAGCCGGUCGUGCUCCGCUUUCUCCGACCGGCCAAACCCGUGUACCCCACGAGCUCGCGCAGUGCGAGCCACACGCCGGCGCGCCAAGAGUAUGCGCUCGAGUGGCCCGACAAGUGCCGCCUCGGGCUCCUCUUCUCGGCGCACCCAAUGACGAACGCGCCGUUCGUCUCGCGCAUGGAGUACCAGAACGCCGACGACGUCGUGUGCCCACCGCACCUCAAGCAAGUGCAUCUCGGCGACAUCCUCGUGCACCUUGGCGACACGGACCUCCGCGGCCUCCCGUUUGACCAGUGCAUCCAAGCCCUCACGGUGGUGACGCGCCCCGUGACGAUGCGGUUCCGGAGGGGCGACCUCAUUCCGCAAGCGCCCGUGCCCAAGUCGACGCCGCACCGAAAGAAUUCGAAUAAAAGCAGCUCGAGCCACAGUAGUAGUAGUAGCAGCACCAGUACGAGCCAGCACCACCACCACCACCACCACGCGACGCCGCCCUCGCCGUCGAGCCAGCACCAUUGA